UUUCGCUGUGGCUGAAAGUCGAGGCUGACGCGCUCUCUCACACCCAGUCUCGCAGUCAACUUACAAGAUAUUUGUAUUUUGUUUCUGUUGACCUUAUCAUCAACCUUCUUUUCGACAACAAGACUCACAAAUCCUUGCCCACACUCACACAAGCUAUAAAUCACAAUAAUGGGGAUAUGACGAAAACUCUGUCGACCUAUCAGCACAAUGUCCAGCAAGGAUGAGGACACCAAGUCUACGGUACCUAAAUUUGCAUCUUUUAAGUCAAAAUCCGAGACUUCCGACUUGAAGGCACCCAAAUUUUCUUCUUUCAAACCAAAAGGCAAGGAUAAGGAUAAGGACACGCCCACAAGCUCUAGCGCUAAGGACGAGGGGCGAGAGCGAGAACGCGAGCGAGAUUCCAGGAGGAAACGAAGUCAUCACCAUUCUGAUUCACAUCGCGACCAUCACCGGUCAAAAAAGCAUCGCACACACUCUCGCGACCGACAUCGUGAGAAAUCGCGAACUGGUCACUCUGAAGCACUUGAGCACCGCCCGCUUACCAAAGUUACACGCAGCAGUGACGAUGCAUCGCGUCUGUACACCAUUGACACCAAAGGUGAUCCCUUGAUCAUUCGCUACGGAGGUCUUGACCGUUCUCAGGUUCCUGUUUACUACCGUGAUGGAUAUGGAAAGGUCCUGGGCACACGGGGUCGUCUUGUAAUUCACCGCGAUGGACCAAGAGAUCAGUUCAGUCUACGUAUGCCUGGUGAAGGUUCAUAUGCCUUGAAAGAUAGGGAUGGUCUGCGCUCCAGAAACUGGCGUGUAAGACCUACACCGUUAAGAGUCAGGAAGCAAGAGAAUGAUGGUCAAGGUGAAGAAGACGGGGACUUUUUGGCACUAAGCUCAUCUAAGAAGCGCAAACAAUUGCAUCAAGCCUCUGAUUCUUCAGAAGAUGAGGAACAGCCGACUUAUCGAUCCAUAGAGGGAAAGGCGAAACCACGUCGAUACGAUGACAGCGACUUGGAAUCCGAGUCAGAUGCGGCUGCAGACGAUAUUAAUCUCGAUCAGAAUAAUCCUCUGAAGUGGAAGUCAAUUCAGCUCUCGAGACGUGCCAAAGACCAGCCAGAUGAUAUAGAUGCAUGGCUCGAGCUGGCAAACCACCAAGAUGCUCUCUUGAGAGCAGGCGAGGAUGUUGAUCACAAGGCACUUGAAGCUGAGGUGCACAGUUUUGCGGAGAUCAAGCUGUACAUGCUUGAAUCAGCCUUGUCUAAUGUAUCAAAUCACCAAGAUCGCAUUCGGGUGCUGAUUCCUCUCAUGCGGGAAGGUAUAAAAGUGUGGAAUAGCAAAGUCGCCGCCAAGAAGUGGCUUGAUUUGCGUGAGGAUGAGGAUAAGAGCUUCACUCUGUGGAAGACGCAUCUUGAUUUUGUCAUGUCUAACAUUUCUGCUUUCCAUUUUGACACCCUCAAGCAAAUGCACCUGGAUAGAAUACGACAUGUUUUGUCUCGAUCACAAGUGAGCAUUGAGCCCGAAGACUUGAAGGAAGCUAUCUAUGUCUUUCUGAGACUUACCAGGUUCAUCCAUGACUCUGGUUAUAAGGAGCUUGCAGUCGCAGCUUGGCAGGCUUUUCUGGAGCUCAACUUCUUCCGGCCCACGCAACUGGAUGACCAGAGUGCAGCCUUCGAACCACUUCGUGACUUCUGGGAGAGCGAAGUCCCGAGGAUAGGAGAAGCAGACGCUCAAGGUUGGGCGAAAUUUGUAGCAGAUGGUGGAGUAGGCGAUGCUCCCGAACCACUACAAGAUAUCAAAGGGCCCGAAUACCAGUCCCGAGAUGACUACAAACGAUGGGCAACCCUAGAGAGCUCACAAGCUGAUAAGGCUCGAAUUCCGGCUAGAACCAUGGAUGAAGGAACAGAAGACGACCCAUUUAGAGUGGUGAUGUUCUCUGACAUCGAGCCACUUCUCUUUUUCGUUCCAAAAAUUAUCCUGCCUGCUGUGCAGGAGCAAGUGCUGGACGCAUUUCUGAUAUUCCAGGGAUACCCCCCAACAUUCUGGUCUGACCACUGGACCGAUGAGGCGUACCAUGAUCAGUUCCUUGCAGUUUUCACAUUACACAUGGAGUCGAGUGCUCCCACGCCAUUAUCAGGAGACGAGGAUCCGACUGAGAUCCAAAGGAAGCCCCCUUCUUUCCGCCAGAACCCUCUUUGCGUCUCGGAAACGCUCGACGUCCUUUUUCCUCAGUCAGAAUGGUUCUCCUAUCUACCCUCAAGGAAUAGAAAGAAUGACGUUGAACUUGGAUUUAUGGUCAACGCAACGAAGCAACUGGUUCACAAUGCCAACUUUGGGGGUUUAGCCACAUACCAUUUGGCGUUGUCUCAGGUUCAAGAUGGCUCUAGCAAGAAAGCGGCAAAGACUUUACUGAAGCGCUAUCCGACUAACCUUGGUCUUUACCGAGCAUACGCUAUUGCUGAGUAUGCAAAUGAAAAUCACGAAGUUGCAUCCAAGGUCGUAUCAUCAGCAACUGAGCUCGCGUCGAAGUCACCAUCAGCAGAUGUGUUUGCUCUUUGGAGAACUUGGUCGUGGAUGGAACUUCAGGGGGGUGAUAAACAGCUAGCAGUUCGAAGAUUAUGCUCUUCUGUAGACGAUGCUCUUCGAAGGUCGGCUGAAACUCCUGAAGUAUCAUCAACACAUAUUCUCAAAGCCCACCGAACUUUCUCAUCUCUAACGAGUGACUUUAUUUCUGGCGCGAACCUCGAGGAUGCGAGUACUCUUACCGAGUGCUUAGUCCUGUUGUCGUACUUGACUUCUGAGAGCUGCACAGAACCAAUGUCGGCAUCACAAGGAACUAUUUCGGCUGCGAUAGAGACAGUGCACCGAAUGUCUCUCGAGUUCAAGUCUCGAGGCUACCAAGCAUCUCGCGCUCAUGAGCGAUUAUUGCAGUUUGCGUCGGGGCUAUUAUACUUGCACGCAACCCGAGGACCUUUCCGUCGUGCAUAUCUGCUUGAGCAGCUGAAACAGUUCCUGGUGUACUUCCCGAGGAACACCAUAUUCUUAUCACUUUUCGAAUGGGCCGACUCCAGUCUUCGCGUCAUCGACGAAACAAGAACGCUUCUGCAUGAAACAGCCUUGACUCCAGCUCAAGAUUGCCUGAGCAGUCGAAUUUUCGCCGUCCAUCACGAAAUCGAACGGGGAAACGUCAACACGACGAAAGCAGCUUUCGAGCACGCCGUAUCAAGCGACACUUGCAAGUUCAACACAUUUUUAUGGAUACAUUUUAUCAGAUUCUGCAGCUCACAUAGAGAGUUACGACCAAAAGCUAAGGAUAUAUUGUUCAGGGCCUUGAGGCAUUGCCCCUGGUCUAAGGAUGUCAUGAUGGAGGCUUUCCUCACUUUGAAUAGAGAGAUGGAUUCUUCGGAACUGAAGGGUAUCUUUGAGACCAUGACUUCAAAAGGUCUAAGAAUUCAUGUUGAUCUGGAGGAGUUCUUGGAUAAGAAGAAGAACGAGAGGCGAGGAGAAAAGAGCAAGCGGCUCACAAAUGAUAAGUGAAUUCAUGCAGCAUUAAGACACGCCAUGAUGGUAUAGUCUAAGUUGGAACAUGUCCCACAAGCCUCCCUGAAUCGAAGCACCCAGCAAGAUUAUUCCUAGUUGCUCCAUCUGCUCGGGACUUUUUACUUCAAACGGGCCGUACUCACGCAUCUCGAGAAACGAAUGUGUGCCCCCCUUUCCUCUGCUACCAGUCCCUAGUGCACAAAUGUACUCAACGUACUGGUAAUCAAAAGUGGCAAUGAUGAGGUAAACUUCGCCAUGGUCCUGAGAGAGGAGGAGACGUCUAAAUUUGGUGUUGGGCUUCUUCAGCACAGGGGGAUCCUGCGCUAUCCAAGCCGCCAUCUGAGCCGUUUCUUGCAUACGAAUCUUGUGGAGGGUUUUUUCCGACCCGUACCUGAUGAGGGGCUUGACUUCGACGAUAGCACAGGUUCUGUGCUUGACCCGCAACAGGCCAUCCACACGUGCCUCGUACACCUUGGUUGCCGAGGCCUUGACCACGAAGGUCUUUCGAUAGAUGGUCCACGCCCCCUGGGCAUAAUCGCAGUGAAGCGUGAGGGCGUUGAGGAACAGAACCAAAGCGGUAUUAACGAUUUGUUCGUCCUCAAUACUCUGGUAUUGCUUUCUGACUUCUCCAGAGAGGGGCGAGUGGUACGAGAGCGGGCCCAGCGGGUCUGAAUUAAGGCUGGAUGUGUCUGAAUCGAGAUCCAGAUUACCAAAGUGCUCAUCUAUUGGCAUAUCUUCCUUG